AUGCACCAGGGAGGCCACAUGAGGACAACUGAGGUAGCAAAGAACAGAAGCACCGCAUCGGAAUCGCAGUACGUUUGAAGACAGAGCCAUUUUAAUACAGCUUUAAAUUUGUGCUUGAGUGUUAUGCAACCAAACGUUCAGCGAACGUUUAUCUUUAUGAACAACAGAGGGUUGACGGACGGACACCGUGUAUGUGUGUUUGGUAAAACGCACAAACGGAGGAACAUUCUAGAAUACAGAGGAAGACACAUUCAGCAUGUUGCUUGCUGUCAGUGCAGAACCCCACCAGAAACCAGGCAUUCCAACCAAAAUGGCCAAUGAAUUGCCAGGUGAAGAUAUGCAUCACACCAGCAUAUUGAAGGGGAUUUGCAGACGGUGCGGACAGCAUAUCAAGGAUCGCCCAAUACUCAGUACCAAGUAUGCGUCUGAAUUUCGGGACCUGUUUGGCAUCGAUCUUUCCACUGACAAUCCCAACAUCCACCCACCAAAUAUCUGCCACAAGUGCCGGUGCAGGUUUGACUGGUAUAAGAAACACCCAAAGAAGGAGACUUAUCAACCAGUGAGAUCUCCAUAUGUGUUCAUGCAGCAUAGUAAUGAGUCAUGUGAAAUCUGCAAUGAUCACGCAGCACGUGAAAAGAGUCGCCAUCUACCCGUAAAACGAGGUCGGAAACGCAAAAGGACAGGACAUGCGGGUCCAGGUCGAGGAGGAAAGAAGAUGGCACAGAAGACAGGUUAUGAAUGCAGACCGAUGAAAAAUGAUACCGCAGUGAAGAGCAUCAUUACAUUUUGUACACCCACCAAGCAUGCUCAUUUUCCAGACAGUUUACAAGGUGGUGGCAAUGACUUCACUAGGGACCAUAUCACUGAAGGGGACAGAAACCCACCAAUGACGGGUGUCGUAGGCUUCUCCAAGGAGACGACCCUUGCCGUCUUACCCAGGAUGCACAUGGAAGAACUACUGUCCGAGCUGAAUCGGAGAAACAUUGUGGUGAAACUAGCAGGUGAACACCAGAGGGGUAGGGGUGACUUGGAACAUGUGCUGAGAGAGGUCAUGACAAGGGAGUAUGAAGUAGAGGAAGGUGAGGGAAUGGACACAAGUAACACAAGCUCUACAUUCGAGCACAGCUGUAGUAACACUAGCUCAGCAUUCCAGCACUGUUCUCAGCUUAAAGAGGGUGGCAGCAGCGAAGUGCUUUCCAGGCCAAACAAUGACCAAGCUUCUUCACAAAAUCUUCAAGAACUUUCUCAGUUCACAGAAAAUGAAGGAGCAUCUAGUAGGCAAGCACCAGACAUCCCCGAGACUUCAAGUACUGAGACAAGCCCUGAACAGGUCCAGGUAAAGAAAGAGCCUAAGAUCGAACUUGACUUUGAACAGCACACAAACAGUGUUGCAGGUGUGACAGGACCAUCUACAACUCAAACACAGUACCCUGGCAUUGUAUAUGGGCCACAGCCUAACUCUGCAAGUUCACAGCCUAACUCUGCAAGUGCACAGCCUAACUCUGCAAGUUCACAGAACUUGACAGUAAAAUUCAAGACAGAGCCUGGUUUGGAAGAAGAGACAGAAGAUGAACAGCUGCAGGACCUGCGGAGUGAGCUCUGUCCUUCCUCACCUGGACAACUGUCUCAAGAACUGGAUAAGGUGGAUGUCUCCUUAGAAGACGAAGGAUGUGGUAUGCCUCCAUGUGAAGAACCUGUAAAGUUGUGGGAAUCACAGGAGCAACAGCUUGACCAGGGAGAACCGGAAACUGAACCAGAAGUGCCACAGCGACAAAAGCGUUUUGCUUCAGAAUCUCUACAUACAAAACAGCUCGUCGAAUUACAAGAAGGGAGAGUAGACAGCAGAACAGAAAGAGCAACUAGAUGGGGCACAAAGCUUUUCAAAGAAUGGCUACAGUCAAGAGGCCUUGACACAGCAUUUGAGGAGCUUCCACCUCGAGAUCUGGCAGUACUACUGAGACAGUUCUAUGGAGAGGCACAGAAAGAUGACGGCACUCCAUAUGCUAAAGCGAGCCAUUCAUGUCUGAGAGCAGCUAUUCAUCGCCAUCUCACAGGACCCCCCUUCAACUGCAAGUACAAUAUUUUUAAAGACAAAGAGUUUCAAGCUGCCAAUAAAGUGUAUAACAGUGUGAUCAGGCAGCUUAAGAGAGAUGGAAUAGACACUAGCAAGAGCUAUCCACCCAUUCUAGCGUCUGACAUCACUAAAAUGUUCGAGACCAAAACGUUGAGUGUCGAUAAUCCGGUGGCCCUCCAACGACUGGUUUUCUUCUACCUUGCUUUUUUCUUCUGCCAAAGAGGGAGGGAAAAUCUGAGGGACUUUAAGGUCGGUGACUUUAUCCCCAACACCGAAGGAGGAAGGAGGUACUAUACUCUCAGGUACUACAAACACCAGAAGGACCACCGUGAUCAUCUACCCGGCAAUGUUCAACCAUCACCAAGACUGUAUGAAUCUCCCAAUAACACACGCCCCUGCCCAGUCCAGGCGUUUGAGCUGUACUGUAGUAAGCUGCACAACAGAUGCCCGUACCUCUUCCAAAGACCGAGUACGCAGUGGAAGCCAAGUUCACCUGCUCCAUGGUACUACGGUCAACCCGUCGGCCAGAACAAGCUUGGUGCGAUGAUGCGAGAUAUAUCCCAAGCUGCAGGGCUGAGCAAAGUCUACACUAACCACAGCAUCACGUGUACUGCUAUACAGGCUCUGGACAAGGCUGCAAGUUCACAGCCUAACUCUGCAAGUUCACAGCCUAACUCUGCAAGUUCUCAGCCUAACUCUGCAAGUUCACAGCCUAACUCUGCAACUUCACAGCCUAACUCUGCAACUUCACAGCCUAACUCUGCAAGAUUACAGCCUAACUCUGCAAGUUCUCAGCCUAACUCUGCAACUUCACAGCCUAACUCUGCAACUUCACAGCCUAACUCUGCAAGAUUACAGCCUAACUCUGCAAGUUUACAGCCUAACUCUGCAAGUUUACAGCCUAACUCUGCAACUUCACAGCCUAACUCUGCAACUUCACAGCCUAACUCUGCGAGUUCACAGCCUAACUCUGCAAGUUCACAGAAUUUGAUAGUGAAAAUCAAGACAGAGCCUGGACUGGAAGAAGAGACAGAAGAUGAACAGCUGCAAGACUUGAGGAGUGAGCUCUGUCCUUCCUCCCCUGGACAACUGUCUCAAGAACUGGACAAGAUGGAUGUCUCCUUAGAAGACGAAGGAUGUGAUAUGCCUCCAUGUGAAGAACCUGUGAAGUUGUGGGAAACACAGGAGCAACAGCUUCACCAGGGAGCAGCAGAAACUGAACCAGAAGCGGCACAGGGAAGCCAAAAGCGUUUAGCUUCUCUAGAUACAAAACAGCUGGAUGAAUUAGAAGAAGGGAGAGUAGACAGCAGAACAGAAAGAGCAACUAGAUUGGGCACAAAGCUUUUCAAAGAAUGGCUACAGGCAAGAGGCCUUGACACAGCAUUUGAGGAGCUUCCACCUCGAGAUCUGGCACUGCUACUGAAACAGUUCUAUGGAGAGGCACAGAAAGACAACGGCACUCCAUAUGCUAAGGCGAGCUACGCAUAUCUGAGAGCAGCUAUUCAUCGCCACCUCACCGGACCCCCCUACAACUGCAAGUACAACAUUUUGAAAAACAAGGAGUUUAAAGCUGCCAAUAAAGUGUAUAUUGGAGUGCUUAAGCAGCUGAAGAGAGAUGGACAGGAUACUGGCAAGAGCUAUCCACCCAUCCUUGCGUCAGACAUCAGUAAAAUGUUCGACCAUUUAACGUUGAGUGUUGAUAAUCCGGUGGCCCUCCAACGACUGGUGUUCUUCUACCUCGCUUUUUACUUCUGCCAAAGAGGGAGGGAAAAUCUGAGGAAUUUUAAGGUUGGUGACUUUAUCCCCAACACCGAAGGAGGAAGGAAGUACUACACUCUUAAGAACAACGAAAACCAGAAGAACCACCCUGAUCGUCUACGUGAAAAUCAACCAUCACCAAGACUGUAUGAAUCUCCCAAUGACACACGCCCCUGCCCAGUCCAGGCGUUUGAGCUGUACUGUAGUAAGCUGAGCAAGAAAUGCAUGUACCUCUUCCAAAGGCCGAAUAUGCAGUGGAAGCCAGGUUACCAUACUGACCAGUGGUACUUUAGUCAACCUGUCGGCCAGAACAAGCUCGGCGCGAUGAUGCGAGACAUUUCCAAAGCUGCGGGGUUGAGCAAACCUUACACUAACCACAGCAUCACCGUUACUGCUAUAAAGGCUCUGGACAAGGCUGGGUUUGAACCAAGAGUUAUAAUGAGCCUAUCCGGACACAGGACUGAAACGUCAGUCCGUAGGAACAUGCGGGAUUCUGAGGGGAGGCAGAGAGAGAAAUGUUCGGAUGCGUUAGGAGCUGCACUCGAUCCUCUCUCUUCUGACAAGAUGGAUGACUCUGAGGAGGGAUGUAAGAACACUUUGCAGACUCCAACAGUGCAGCAACAGGUCAACCUGAUCCAGGUACAUGUGCCCAGGCAGGAGACAGGUCUUGUAACAGUCUACAGUCCAUGCCACAUGUUGAUACAAACACACAUGCCCCAGCAGAACUGAAUGCUACUGUAGUCUCUAGUCCAUGUCACAGAUUGAUAGAGACACAUAUGCCUCAACAUAGGGGACACUUAGUUCAGCUUACAGUGUCACGGGUUGACACACAUGCCCUGUCAGAAGGGAACACUUUGUACAGCCUACAGUCUAUUAAUUGUCACAGGUUGAUAGAGGCACACAUGCCCCAGCAGAGGGGAACACUUUGUACAGACUACAGUCCAUGUCUUAGGUUGAUAGAGACACACAUGGCCCUAUCAGAAGGGAACACUUUGUACAGCCUUAAAUCUAUUAAUUGUCACAGGUUGAUAGAGGCACACAUGCCUCAGCAGAGGGGAACACUUUGUUCAGCCUACAGUCCAUGUCUUAGGUUGAUAGAGACACACAUGCACAGCAGAGGGAACACUUCGUUCAGCCUACAACCUAUGUCACAGGUUGACACACAAUCAGAAGGGAACACUUUGUACAGGCUGCAGUCCAUGUCUUAGGUUGAUCAUGAUAGAGACACACAUGAACAGCAGAGGGAACACUUUGUUCAGCCUACAGCCAAUGUCACAGGUUGACACACAAUCAAAAGGGAAGACUUUGUACAGUCUACAGUCCAUGUCUUAGGCCGAUAGACACACACAUGCCUCAACAGAGGGGAACACUUUGUUCAGCCUACAACCUAUGUCACAGGUUGACACACAAUCAGAAGGGAACUAAUACAGUCUACAGUCCAUGUCUUAGGCCGAUAGACAUACACAUGCCUCAGCAGAGUGGAACACUUCAUUCAUCGUACAGUUCAUGUCACAGGUUGACACACAUGCCUAUCAGAAGGGAACACUUUGUACAGGCUACAGAGCUUGUCAUAGGUUGAUAGAGACACAUCCCCCAGCUGACGGGAACACUUCAUACUGUGUACAGUCCAUGUCACCGGUUGAUAGUUUGUUGAAUGGAUCGAAAUUUUGUUGUUCAAGUUCACUUGGUCAGUUUGUUGCUGUAAUUAUAUGCAACAUUGUUGAAAAUAUUGGAUAUGCCAAUGUUUUGAAAUACUGGAAAUCUCGGUUCAUAAAGAAAGUUUAUUAUCUUCUGGAUCAGUAAACAAAAGGACAAAUGUAAAUUAGACUAUAUUUGUCAAAAACUAUAUCUGUCAAGAACCAUAUUUGUCAAAAAAUGGCAAAAUGUGAUUACCAACUGCUUACAUGUAUAGUUAUUAAAGGAUCUAUGGAUUUGCA